AUGGCACCACAAACUCAACCAUCAUCAUCUUCUUCUCGUCAAUUCACGAAUCAAAUUCGCAGUCUUCAUUCUAUCAUUCUACAGCGGCAUUCAUCGAGAAAAGCCGCGUUUUCUGGAAGCGUCCCAUCUUCUCAAAAAUCCCCUGAAAAUCGUCAAGAAUCAACAAUGGAAAAAGUGUAUCGAUACACUCGUGAUUUGGCACUUUCAAGAGACAAAAAAGUGGUGAAAAGGGCAUUCGAACGACUUCUCCAAUUGGAUUGCUCAUCUCAAAUAUUCAAAAAUGCGAAAACUUUGAAAACUGCAAUCAAAUAUCCAGGAUCAACGCCAUGUUUCAAUCGGGAAAUUCAUUUAUUGAAGUUGAAAAUCGAGAAAUUGGAGAAGAGAGAUCAACAGCUGAAUGCAAUGGAAUACGAUCCAUUUAAUCCUGCUGGAAUGAGCAAUUUCAAUGGACAAGAGAUGGACAAAUUGAUGGCCAAAUUUCCAAUUUACAUUCCAACAAAAAAUCAAUAA